AUGGGACAGUUCGAGAAACCUGGUCGAAGGCCAGCUUUUGACUACCCUGACAUGGUGAGAGAAUCUGUGGGGAAGGCCUUGCAGGAUGCAAAAUUGGCAUAUGGAGAUGUGCAACAGGCAUGUGUGGGCUAUGUAUAUGGCGACUCCACCUGCGGACAGAGGGCGCUGUAUGAGGUGGGGCUCACAGGCAUUCCAAUCUACAAUGUGAACAACAACUGUUCAACUGGAUCAACAGCUCUGCUGCUUGCGAAGCAGUUGAUCGAAGGGGGUCAGGCCGACUGCAUUCUGGCUGUUGGAUUCGAGAAGAUGGACCGGGGCUCUCUCACGUCCAAGUACGAAGAUAGAACGAAUCCGCUGGACAGGCACGUCCAGGUGAUGGCAGAUUCUGUGGGAAUCGAAGCUGCACCUAUGGCCCCACAAAUGUUUGGGAAUGCAGGAAAGGAACACAUGCAGAAAUAUGGGACCAACCCUGUGCAUUUUGCCAAAAUUGCCUAUAAGAAUCACAAGCACUCCGUGAACAACCCAUACUCACAGUUCCAGACAGAAUACAGCUUGGAUGAGAUUCUCGGGUCACCGAUGGUUUUUGAUCCUCUGACCAAACUCCAGUGUUGUCCGACGUCCGACGGUUCGGCGGCCGCAAUUUUGGCCUCGGAAGACUUUAUUCAUUCCAGGGGUCUCGAGGGACAAGCCGUGGAGAUACUGGGCAUGGAGAUGGUCACAGACUUCAACUCAACGUUUCAGGAACGCAGCAUGAUGAACAUGGUAGUGGGCUACGACAUGACAAAAAAUGCAGCAGAGCGGCUCUAUCUUAAGACGGGGUGUCGACCGUCCAACGUGGACGUCGUGGAGCUCCACGACUGCUUCUCGGCCAACGAGCUCAUCACGUACGAGGCGUUGGGUCUGUGUCCGCCGGGAAAGGCCGGGCUUCUCGUCGACACGGGCAACAACACGUACGGAGGGAAGUACGUCAUCAAUCCCAGUGGGGGCCUCAUCUCUAAGGGCCAUCCUCUGGGUGCUACAGGCCUGGCUCAGUGUGCCGAGCUGUGCUGGCAGUUGAGAGGGGAAGCUGGAAAGCGUCAGGUCCCAGGUGCAAAAUUGGCCCUUCAGCACAACAUUGGCCUUGGUGGGGCUGUUGUCGUAGGACUCUACGCCAUGGGCUUUCCUCGUCAUUCCUCGCAGGGAGACAUCCAUUUCAAUCAGACGAGCACCUCCCUGGACAAGUCUUCAUUCAAAACAUCUGUGAUAUUUGAUGAAAUUGAGAAGAGUCUGAAGGAGGAUGGAGCAAACUGGGUGAAAAAGGUGAACGGUGUGUACUUGUUCCGAGUGAAAAAUGACAAGGGGGAAGAAGGGAUUUGGCUGGUUGAUGCCAAGAACGGCAACGGGAAGGUCGUCUUUGGGCAAGAAGGUGAUGCAGAUGUGGUGCUGUCAGUCAAUGAUACAGAUUUCUUUGACCUAAUGCUUGGCAAGCUCAAUCCACAGAAGGCCUUCUUUCAGGGCAAGCUGAAAGUCAAAGGGAAUUUGGGACUGGCCAUGAAGCUGCAGGAGUUCCAGAAGACAGCUGCAGAGAGAUAUGGCACCCUAACGGCCAAGCUGUGAUUUCUUUUAUAUUGAAACAUCGUCCAUGAAAUUUUUUUUCUCCUUUAUAUCACGUUAUCCAUGGUUUUUUUGGUUUCUUUGAUUGCAUUAUUUGUAUCCCAGGGAUGCUUGGUUUUAUCACGGCAGACAAAGAAAGAAGAAAUAAAUGCUUCACUGUGUCCUCAAAA